AUGGCUUCCGCUGACUCAGAGCCCGGCUGGGGCGAGGAGGGGCCUCGUGGGAGCCCCGCGGGUCUGAGGCAGCACCAGCACGUGGAGCGUCGUCACCCGGCCGCCUGGGGUGAGGACCUGGGCAUCCGCCCUGGCAGCCCCUGCGGCCCGGGGAGAAGCCCGAGCCCCCGGCGCCUGUCCGUUCGACCCCAGGAGAUGAGGGCCCUGCUCCUGACCCUCGGCCUUGUUGCCUCCCUGCAGGCCCAGGUCACCCCAGUCCUGGACAGCUUGACUGAGGACGUGUCAGGAAAGUGGUAUCUGAAGGCCGUGACCACAGACCAGGAUGUUCUCGGGAAGGAUCAGGAGUCGGUGCUGGCCAUGACCUUCAGCGUCCUGGAGGGGGGCGACCUGGAGGCCAAAGUCACCUCGCAGGCUGACGGUCGGUGCCAGGAGACGAGCCUGCUCCUGGAGAAGACCGACGAUCCCGGCAGGUACACGGCCUACGGGGGCAGGCGUGAGGUGUUCAUCUUACCGUUGCGGGCACGAGACCACUUCAUCCUGUACUGUGAGGGCGAGCUGGCUGGGCGGCAGGUCCGCAUGGCGAGGCUUCUGGGAAGAAACCUGGAGAACAGCCCGGAGGCCUUGGUGGAAUUCACGGAGUUCGCAGAAGCCCAAAGUUUGAACCUGGAGAUCUUCAGGCCCCUGCAGAGCGAAACUUGCUCUCCCGGAGGAAACUAG